AUGCGGACAUGCUAUUGCUGUGCCUUCUUCUACCUGACUCGCCUUCCCAUCCAAGAGUCAUCACCUCGCAUCUUGGCGUUUAUUCACCUGCAUUCUCCUCCAGGUACCUUGGGAGGGACAGUAGGGAAAGUCCAAUUUCAACAAAUUCAGGAGAGCCAAUUGGUUUUAGGUCUGCCUCAGUUCACUAUCCGUGUUGUGGGCGGGUCAUGGAGUACAUACUACCUAGACAUAUCCGCUUCGCCGGGACCUGGGGGGAUCAUUUAUUGA